UCACACACACACACACACACACACACAGAGGCGGGGAGAGGGAAGUCUUUCGGCUCCCUAAAUCCGAAACGAGGAACUUCAUAAUCCAUUUUCCCGCCAAUUUAUCAAUUUCUUUGCGUGAAAUCGUUACAUGCCAUGGUCUCCGCACCGCAUCCCCUCUGUCAUCUCGACCACAUGGAUUUUUGUUUCAUCUUCGCUACCCAGGAAUCCCUCAACAACCGAAUUAAAAGUUCAACAAUCGCACUGCAACGUGUAAAGAUGCUCGACAUUUGUACAGCAGUGAAAGCGUCUGUUCGAUGCAUAUACACACCCCCAAUCUCCUCAGUUCUGCUGUUUGUGCGGCUAAUUUUGAAGUUUAAGUCAUGGAGCAUGAGAACGAACCUUACCGUGAUGAAGAUGGCAAGCUGUUGGUGGACUUCGACAAGAAUGUCGGAUCUGAAGGGAACGAGCCUCAGCAACAUUCCCUGGAUGUUGCUGGCUCUAACCACAAUGAGAGACCCCCAACUCCAGUGUAUGAUGGCUCAAAUUCGAAGUGUCGGAAGCUAAUCAUAAAAAUAAAAUCUGGUGUAGGAUCAGUUCCCGCCCCAACUCCAGUGAAUAAUGACUCAAAUUCAAAAUGUCGGAAGCUACUCAUAAAAUUUAAAUCUGAUCGAGAGUCAGGCCCUGUGUUGGAUGGCGAUGGUGUUCAGGAAUUGGUGAGAGAUGACUACACAGAUGGCGGAAAGGGGAAGAAGAAGAAGAAAGGAGAGAAUAGGAGAAGUAUGGGGAAAAAGGGGAAAGUGGAAAAAGAGGAGAAGAAACCCAGGGUCCGGAAGCGUGGGGGUGAGGAAAGGGCACAUGACGAGGAUGAUGAGAUUAAAGAGAUGUGGGAUGCAAUUGUGGGUGGCAAUUGCGAGGAUGACAAAGAUGGUGUUAGGACUGGGGAUGAGGAUAAACCCAUCGAUGACAGUGGUGUAGAUCCUUCUCACCAUUAUGGAAGUGACAAUGAACAUUCUCCGAGUCAAGUUCCCCAGCCCGAAGUGGAAAAGGUGGACAAUGAAAUAGAGGAACUCUUCAAGUUUGGAAAGAAGAAGAAGAAGAAGGAAACAAGUCCUUCCGCAACUAGAUUGCUAGUCGACAGUGUCUUGGCUGAGCUUAAUCUUGCUGCUGAGCAAGAUGCGGAGCUCAAUAGACAGGAGAAACCUUGCAUAACAAAGUUGAGGCAUCUAUCUCUGUUGACAGAUAUCAUCCCAAGAAAACACCUUCAGCAAGAGUUUCUCGAUCGUGGAGUUUUACUUGCUUUUAAAAAAUGGCUCGAGCCUGUACCAGAUGGAAGCUUUCCCAAUAUUAACGUCCGUGAAGCUGUGUUCAAGUGCUUAAAUGAUCUCUACAUUGACUUGGACCGGGAGGACCGCGUAAAACAACUAGCCGAGAGCGACGUUGGAAAGGCUGUUAUGUUUUUCUCCAAGUAUGAUGGGGAAACUAAGGCCAAUCGCCAGCUUGCCAAACAAUUGGUGGAAAAAUGGAGCCGAGUUGUUUUUAAUUUGAGCACGGAUUAUGGGGACAUGAAAUUCUACGAGGUCCAAAAAACCUACAGGAGGCCUCCAGUUAAAAAAGCAACAAUGGGUAAUGCUGCUGCAGGGGCAUCACAGGAUGAUGACCUGGAUUUACGCAAACUUUCACUGGCGCAAAGUUCCGGAGCAUCGUCUUCGAGGCAACAUGCCUCUAGGCCUGAAGCGAUGACCAUGGACUUUGUGGUCCGUCCCCAAUCAAAGGUUGAUCCAGAAGCAGUACGGGCCCAGGCUCAAAGAAAGGUGCAGGAUCAACACAGAGCAAAGCUGAGCAAGAAAUUGGAACAGAUGAAAGCACCUAAGCGGCAGAAACUCCAGGCUGUGAAACCGAGCGUGGGGGGUCGUGGCAUGGAUCUCUAAUCUUCUCGUUUCGGCAUUAACUAGGACCAAACAUCUAUGGUGUUGUACUAGUUACAUGUUUGAGAUUGAGUAUGCUACUACAGUUUAUUUGCAUUAUUUUAGGUUUUUGUUGUGUUGUUCCGUCUCCCCUUAUAUCCUGUUGUACUAGAAUUAACUUUUCGCUGACUUUAUUUGGUUUCUGGACUACAGUCUUUUGAUAUCAUUUUCUGUUCUAUUUUUAUUUUCGAUCCAUUUUAGUACAAUGUAAGUUUUACAGUAGUGAUGGUGACCUAGAUUUCCAUGUAGUUCAUCUGUUUGGUUCAAAUUGCGAGAGUCCCUAUUCACACUUGACAGCAAAUGUGCCGUCAAGAAAAUUUCAGGAGAAGCUUUCUAUAAUGAUUUAUGAUCCAACUUUUAACUAAAUGCAAAAAAUUAUACUAUUUCCUACAUUCAUGAAAGAUUUGUCACAAUUUUUUUUUAUCUGUCUAUAAAUAAUUUGGUACUUGUACUUAUAGGGGGUGUUCGGUUUGUAGGAUUAGAUAGGAUUAGUAUUGUAAUAUCUUGUUUGGUUCGAUAGAUAUGGCCUGUUAUUUAAUCCGAAAAUUAUACUCCCUCCGUCCCAUUAUUCAUGGCCUGUAUUUCUUUUUGGACCGUCUCACGUAACAUGGCAUGUUUCCUUUUUGGGCUAUAAUUAACACUUAAUUAAAAACUUGAUUAAACUAUUAAUUAAAUCUUUGGCUCUCUUCCUCCCUCUUAUGCAUUCUUCUCCACCACUUCCACCUACCAUCUCCACCCUCCACCUAGCGCAUCUUUCCUCCACAGUAGUGCCGUCCCUAGAGCCGCCCUCGACAGCCUCCACUGCCUUCAUCCACUGUAGCAAAACCCUUCUUCCUGGUUUUUCCCGACGUCCACCGGAGAGCGUCCUCUCACCGAUUUAUGGGUCAGAUAUUCUGGAUCUGUUAAUGUCGAAAGCUAUUUGGUGGUUUUCUUCACUGAACAGGCGGCUUCAUUUCACCGGACUUGGCCUCCAUCGCCUCGCCUCCACGCUCCAGUCGCCGCUCGUAUAUCAAGCGGUGGCGCAGCCCUCUUCAAACCCUAAUCCCCAAAUUGCCUCUCUCUCUCUCUCUCCAGUCGAUCUUUGUUCUCUCCCCUGGGUCCGAUGACAGCAGCGAAGCCACUGCUUCAGAUUUGGGAGAAUUACUGGGUUCAUCUUUCCCCCGCCUCUCUCUCUCUCUCCUCUCCCUUUCAUUUCCAUGCACGCUGAGGCGCUCUCUCUCUCUCUCUCCCUCCACCGCCUCCACCCUAGCGCAGCCGGCGAAGAAAGAGCCCUUUGUUGAAACAAAAAGGAUCAAAUUUUGAUUUAAUUUCGAUUUUGAUAGAUUUGAAUUUUUGAUUUUGAAACAAAAAUGAUCAGAUUUGAUUUUGGUUUCCCUUUGUUUCUCAUUUAUUGCUAGGUAUUAAACUCUUGUUUCAAAA